GUCAAUUUGAGAGUCCUCCGAUAUAUAAUCUUCUUUUUUUUUAUCGCUUACUUUUUAUUUUCACCUCUUUCUGUUUUCCCUCUUUUUCUUAUUUUUUUUUCCCUUUUUAUACUUGCUAUUUUCAUGUACGAAACAGUGUGUAGUGGAAAACGAUAUACAACUAGUCAUCGUAUUUAUAUCAAGAAAGAUGGUCAGAUCAUCUCACCAUUCCAUGAUAUUCCAUUAUAUGCCAAUAAAGAACGAACAGUGGUGAAUAUGAUUGUUGAAAUCCCUCGUUGGACUAAUGCCAAACUUGAAAUUGCCACUGGGGAAAAGAUGAAUCCUUUGAAACAAGAUGUCAAGAAAGGCAAACUACGAUUUGUCCGGAAUUGUUUCCCGUACAAAGGAUAUAUUUGGAACUAUGGUGCUUUACCACAGACCUGGGAAGAUCCAACGCAAGUACAUCCUGAUACCCAAGCAAGAGGAGAUAAUGAUCCCAUCGAUGUAUGUGAAAUUGGAGAACAGAUUGGAUACCCUGGACAAGUUAAACAGGUCAAGAUUCUAGGGGUGAUGGCCUUAUUAGAUGAAGGGGAAACGGAUUGGAAAUUGAUUGCUAUUGAUAUCAAUGAUCCUUUAGCAAACGUUUUAAAUGAUAUUGAUGAUAUCAAAACACAUUAUCCAGAAUUGAUUUCUGCUACACAUCAUUGGUUUAAGAUUUACAAAAUGCCGGAUGGAAAACCUGCCAAUCAUUUUGCUUUUGGUGGUCAGUGCAAGGAUAAGUCAUAUGCUCAUAGAGUAAUUGAAGAAACACAUGAAGCAUGGAAACGAUUGAUUCUAGGCAAGAUUCCAUGUCGUGCGGAUACUCAUGAUAUUGAUGUAACUAAUAUCACAUUGGACCAAUCCCCGUACAAGGCUCAAGUGAAGUUACACAAGCAAUGGGAUUCAAAGAUGGAUUUUAUAGAAGAACCUAGUAGAAUAGAUGGAAAAGAUAAUAAAUGGUAUCAUAUCAAGGCUCAACUUUAGUAUCAGUUGUAUUGUUAGAUUUAUAUAUAUAUAUAUAUAUAUAUGAACUCAGCAUUUUUUUUUUUUUUUUUUUUGGUCUCCC